AUGAAGGUCACCAACCACUCUAAUGUGCCCGUCUACACCAUAUCGGGCUCCGAUACGUCGCGGCCCCUGCCCGACUGGCUGAUCCGCAAGCGCAAGCGCAGUCUGAAACAGGACCCCGAGUAUGCCAACCGCAUCGAGCUGCUGCAGGACUUUGGCUUCGAGGAAGCCAGUCACUGCGUGCGCGCCAGCGAGGAUGGAGACUGGGUUAUGAGUACAGGAACCUACAAGCCUCAGAUUCAUACCCACUACCUCCCGCACCUUUCGCUGUCCUUUGCCCGCCACACCAACACCAUAAAUCAGACCUUCCUUCUCCUCUCCUCCGAUUACUCGAAAUCCCUGCACCUCCAGACCGACCGCUUCCUCGAGUUCCACACGCCCGGUGGCCUCCACUACUCUACCAGGAUACCCCGCUAUGGCCGCGACCUCAAGUAUGACAGGCGGUCGACCGAGGCUCUCAUUCCCGCCGUUGGUGUCAAUGCUGAAGGCAUGGGAGAGGUUUACCGGCUCAACCUUGAGCUUGGGCGUUUUAUGAAGGGUUACGAGAUCGACGUCGGUGGAGACGAUUUUACCUCUGCCGGCGGUGGCGCAUUGCAGGGCGGCAUCAACACUGGCAGUGUUAAUGUCGCUGCAGUUGCGGAGGAGUCGCACAAUCUUAAUGCUUUUGGCACGUCGUUAGGCACGGUGGAAUUCUGGGAUCCGCGGUCGCGGAGCAGAGUCGGUGUCCUGGCACCACCGCCUGAUGUCGGCUUUUCCGACAGCCGAGUCGAAACGACAGCAUUGCAAUUUGACCGCAGCGGUCUCAAUCUUGCAACAGGCACGUCAAAUGGUUUGAUUCACCUUUACGAUCUCCGUUCUCCCGUUCCGCUCCUCAAGAAAGACCAAGGCUUCGGUCUGCCCAUUCAAGAUAUAAUCUUCCUCUCGCCGACGACCACCACACGCCAGCAAACUUCUGAACCUAAAAUCCUCACUUCCGACAAACGCAUCAUCAAGAUUUGGGACCCGCGGGAUGGCAAGCCUUGGACACACGUUGAACCGGCCGUGGACCUGCACCAUGUCGAGUGGUGUAAGGACAGUGGUAUGUUGUUGACGGCGAACGAGGGUAAACAGCAACAUUCCUUCUUCAUCCCACAGCUGGGCCCCGCGCCCAAGUGGUGUGCCUUCCUGGACAACGUGGUAGAGGAAAUGGCCGAAGACCCCGACGAUCCCAAUGCUUUCGGUCCAUCGCACAAGGCCGGUGACGUGUACGACAACUACAAGUUCUUGACGGCCAAGGAGCUGGACCAGCUCAAUAUGUCUCACCUGGUCGGAACGACGUCGCUGCUGCGCCCGUACAUGCACGGUUACUUCGUCGCGCAGAAGUUAUACGAAGAGGCGCGUCUCAUCAGCCAGCCCGAGCUGUGGCACGAACAGCGCGCCAAGAGCAUCCAGGCGCGCAUCGAAAAGGAGCGCGAGUCACGCAUUCGCGGCAACAAAAAGGUCCAGGUCAAAGUCAACCGGCGCCUUGCCGAGAAGAUGCUCGAGCGCGAGGAGAAGAACGAGCGGCGCAAGGCGCGUCGCGUGCUGGCGCAAGGCGGCGACGACGACGUUGUCCAGCAGCAGCAACAGGAGCAGGCGCAAAAGGCGACGACGGCUGCCGAUGGCGAGGAAGAAGGGGAGGAGGACAACAAGCCCGUGGGCAAGCGCCUCCUCAGCGACUCCCGUUUCUCCAGGCUGUUCCAAGACGAAGACUUCGAAGUCGACGAAACGAGCCGCGAGUUCGCAAGCAUCAACCCCAGCACCAAGGUCAGCAAGCCGAGCGGCCUCACCGCCGUCGAGGAGGAAGCACUGGCCGAGCACCGCGGCUCCAGCGACUCGGACAGUUCCGGCUCCGAGUCGGAAGACGAGAGCGCGCGGCGCGGCGGUGCCAAGAAGGGCCGGGCCGCUGCCGCGGCGCCGCCGGACGAGGCCAGGGAUACGGGCCGCAUCUCGACAUCGUCGUACAAGAAGAGCGGGCACCGCCCCAUGCAGAUGGUGGUGUCGUCAUCGUCAAAGAAGCCCGGCCAGGGGAAGAACAACAGGGACAAGAGCUUUGGCGCAAGGGCGUCGGGCCUAAAGGAGAAGCGUGGGCGCCAGGAGCAGGGCGGGAGAUCAACGGACGUGGUUGGCGAGAGGGAGAUCACGUUUGUGCCGGCGAAGAAGGAGAGGCCGCAGAGGAGACAGCAAGAGAUGGACGAGGGCGACGAGGGAAGGAGUUUCAAGAGGAAGGAGCGGAGGAGCGCAAGCGGGAAUACGUUCAGGAAAAUGUAA